AUGUCUUCUCCGCCGCAAUCUCCGCCGCAUAAGAAGCUGAAAAGCACCACCGAAGACCCUGACGAAGAAACCCAGAACAAUGAAACUCAGAACUCUGAAACCCAGAACAGAGAAACCCAGAACUCUGAAACCCGGAACAAUGAAACCCAGAACUCUGAAACCCAGAACAGAGAAACCCAGAACAAUGAAACUCAGAACUCUGAAACCCAGAACAAUGAAACCCAGAACUCUGAAACCCAGAACAGAGAAAUCCAGAACAGAGAAACCCAGAACAGAGAAAUUCCGAAGCACAUGAUAUUGAAAUUCUUGAGUGAAACCCAGAACAGAGAAAUUCCGGAUCACGUGAUAUUGACUGAAAUCCUUCCAAGACUUCCCGCCGAUUCACUUCUCCGAUUCAAACAGGUCUGUAAAGAAUGGGAGUUGCUAAUCUCGAGUCCCGAGUUCAUCAAUGAUCAUGCGUUUCGCCCAAAUCCUCUCUCCUCGAGGUCUGUUCUUUCAAUUGCCCAUGAUUCUUCAUUAACUGCUAUUGAUUACGAAGAUCUAUCUACCACCCAUUUUGGCCUGUAUUCCUCUGUAAAUCCCAUUGCCUUGAUUGGUUCUUGUAAUGGCUUAGUUUUGUUGAUUUCUGCUCAUGCGCCAAAGGGUAAAUUUCUUCUUUAUUUUAAAUAUGAUUUUAGGGUUUUUAAUCCUGUUCUUGGUGCUCCUGGUAUUACUAUUUUCCCUCCUCCAAACUUUAUUUGGAGUAUUCAUUAUGCUGCAAAUGACUAUAGUUUUGGGUUUGGUUAUUCUUCAACUCAUAAGGAAUUCUACAUUGCUGCUAUUAAUUUUCCUCACACCUUGCUUCUUCCUGGGAUAGUUGUCUUUUUAUACAACUUAAGUACCACAAAAUGGUCUACAUUUCAUGUACCGCGAACAGCAUGGCGAUACAUUGAGGAACAAAGAAUGUUUAUUGCAGUUCAAGAAGCUUGGUAUAAACAUAGUGGAACACUGGUGAAUGAAGCUUUGCAUUGGAGUGUUGUUAUAUUAGGAAAUAAUAUCAAAUGCAUUGUUGUCUUUGAUUUGGUUAGUAAGAAGGUGACUUUUAUGAAAUUACCGUAUGCCUAUUUUGGGGAUCCUGCAAUACUCACUCGUUCUGCUUUUAGUCUGUGUUGUUUGAAUAAUUGCUUGUGUGCUUGGGCUUAUUCUAGAGAUGGAAGAUUAGUUGAUUUGUGGAUGAUGAAAGAAUAUGGUGUGCAAAAACCAUGGACCAGGUUGUUUAGCGGUGAUAUGAAAUCUACAUAUUGGUAUUUUUUUGGACUUACCUGUUAG